AGAAGAAGAAAGAAGAAGAAGAAAGAAGAAGAAGAAGAAGAAGAAGAAGAAGAAGAAGAAGAAGAAGAAGAGAGACCAAAAGAUGAAAGGUGUUGUGAUUUUAUUGGUUUCAUGUCUCCUUUUCUCCCUUCUCUCAACAAACCUUGGCCAAGAGUUAAAGUGGUGCCCAUCAAGGGAAGUGUUCAGAGGCUCGUGCACUGACAGAGGAAGUCCAAGCUACACAUGUUUUCUAGAUUUUUUGGGAUCCAAGAGUGCAAGUGCUAUGCCUAAGAAUUGCAAAUGCACUCCUCUUGCUCACAACCGUCGUCAAUGCGACUGUUUUAUCAUUUGCACUGAAUAAUUUAAGUUACUAUUAUUAAGGAAAGAGUA